GGGGAUAGCUGUGUUUGUCUAGGCUGGAGUUGACGGGGAGAGCCAGGCCUUCUGCUUCCUGUGAGCCCAGAUGGGUCCUCAAAGGCAGGGGGACUUUCACAGGAUCAGCACUAGGGUGGCCAAGUCCACUGGACCUCUUCCAGCUUGAAAAGAGAACAAGGCUUCAUUGUUCAGACUGCAAGCAGCAAGAAGGGACAAGUCCUGUGGUCAUCUCAGGGCACGCAGAAGCAAGCACACAGAUCAGCGAUGACUCCCACGGGGGCAGGCCUGAAGGCCACCAUCUUCUGCAUCCUGACCUGGUUCAGCCUGACUGCUGGGGACCGCGUAUACAUCCACCCCUUCUAUCUCCUCUACUACAGCAAGAGCACCUGUGCCCAGCUGGAGAACCCCAAUGUGGACACACUCCCAGAGCCGACCUUUGAGCCUGUGCCCAUUCAGGCCAAGACCUCCCCAGUGGAUGAGAAGACCCUGCGUGACCAGCUCGUGCUGGCCACUGAGAAGCUGGGGUUUGAGGAUCGGCAGCGGGCUGCCCAGGUUGCAAUGAUUGCCAACUUCAUGGGCUUCCGCAUGUACAAGAUGCUGAGAGAGGCAGGGGGUGUGGCCAUUCUCUCUCCACCAGCACUCUUUGGCACCAUGGUCUCUUUCUACCUUGGAUCCUUGGAUCCCACGGCCAGACAGCUGCAGGCGCUGCUGGGUGUCCCUGUGAAGGAAGGAGACUGCACCUCCCGAAUGGAUGGACACAAGGUCCUCACUGCCCUGCAGGCCGUUCAGGGCUUGCUGGUCACCCAGGGUGGGAGCAGCAGCCAGAUGCCCCUGCUACAGUCCACCGUGGUGGGCCUAUUCACUGCCCCAGGCCUGCGCCUAAAGCAGCCAUUUGUUCAAAGCCUGGCUCCCUUUGCCCCUGCCCUCUUCCCACGUUCUCUGGACUUAUCCACUGACCCAGCUCUUGCCGCAGAGAAGAUCAACAGGUUCGUGCAGGCUGUGACAGGGUGGAAGAUGAACUUGCCACUGGAGGGGGUCAGCACAGAUAGCACCCUACUUUUCAACACCUACGUUCACUUCCAAGGGAAGAUGAGAGGCUUCUCCCAGCUGGCUGGACUCCAUGAGUUCUGGGUGGACAACAGCACCUCCGUGUCUGUGCCCAUGCUCUCGAGCACCGGCAACUUCCAGCACUGGAGUGACGCCCAGAACAACUUCUCCAUGACGUGCGUGUCCCUGGGUGAGAGUGCCACCCUGCUGCUGAUCCAGCCCCACUGCAUCUCAGAUCUGGACAGGGUGGAGGCCCUUGUCUUCCAGCACGACUUCCCGACUCGGAUAAAGAACCCGCCUCCUCGGGCUAUCCGCCUGACCCUGCCUCAGCUGGACAUUGGAGGAUCCUACAACCUGCAGGACCUGUUGGCCCAGGCCAAGCUGUCCACACUUUUGGGUGCUGAGGCAAAUCUGGGCAAGAUUGGUGAUAAUAACCCCAGAGUGGGAGAGGUUCUCAACAGCAUCCUCUUUGAACUCAAAGCGGGAGAGGAAGAGCAGCCAACCGAGUCUGCCCAGCAGCCUGCCUCACCUGAGGCACUGGACGUGACCCUGAGCAGCCCCUUCCUGUUCGCCAUCUAUGAGCAGGAAUCAGGCGCACUGCACUUUCUGGGCAGAGUGGAUAACCCCCAGAGUGUGGUGUGAGGCCUGGGUCCCUUUGAGGCAGGGCAGAGGCCGUCUCCUUGGAGACUUGUGCUGACAGAGAAUAAAUGUUGAGCAGCAGAGCUGGCCUCCCGGGCUGUGGGUUUGUUUGGACACUGGGGUGAGAGCCAGGGGCUGGCACUCUGCACAGGACUGCCAUUCUGGAAAAAAUUUGGACCAAACAACUGUUGUUGAAACCAAAAAGCAUCCCCUUUUUAUCUGAGAACCGAAAUUGGGUUUUAACAUUAAAAUGCACAUUGUCCCCUUA